AUCCGUGUUUACACUCAUUUGUUCAAAACUACCUAGGUAUUGCUCCUAAGAUCUUAGAAUAUUCAUUUAAUUUGGUAUCAUUUAAUUCCUCCUCAUACAUAAACCGUCGGCUCCAAUAAUCUAAUACACCCCGUCACAUUUGUUCGAGGCAGCACGUUCAAUCCAGAACUGGGUAAAUACGGCAUCGCGAACUUGGAACGAACUACUGGAUUUCCGAAAUUACAUGGGGCAGUACUUAGACCACUUCGCAGGACGAUAACAAUUUCCAGUCAAGCAGGAGAGUUUUCUCUCCUCAUAGCUACUUUUCCGACGAUUCAUUCAAGAUGGGUUUCUUGGGUGUUUAUACCGCAGCAUACGAUUAUGUGCCGGCAGGUGAGGGUGAGCUCACUAUUAAAGAAGGGGACAUUCUCUACGUACUAGAGAAGAGCACGGAAGACGACUGGUGGAGAGCAAAGAAGAAGGCUUCUGCGGAAGAUGAGGAUGAACCUGUGGGAUUGAUCCCGAAUAAUUACAUCCAGGAGGUAUGCAUAUUCUAAUUUCAUUUGGGGAUUGUGACAAUGUCAUCUACGGACUGACAUACCCUUUCACAUAACAAUAUGCACAUACUUGCUAUGUCCGAGAUGGCAUGGCAUAUAUUAACUUCUGUUUACAGUCAGCACCAUCUGGCAAAGCUCGCGCUCUCUACGAUUACACAAGACAGACGGAUGAGGAGCUGUCAUUCACAGAAGAUGCACAACUCGAGGUCUUUGAUACAUCGGAUCCGGAUUGGAUAUUAGUGGGCUUUGAGGGAGAGUAUGGUUUCGUACCUGCGAAUUAUAUCGAGUUGUCCGAGGAAGAACAGCCCAAGGAAGCACCUGCUCCAAGUCUUCCAAGUCGGCCAAGACCAGCACCAGUUCCAGUAGAAGAAGAGGCGCCAGAAGCGCCUCAGUCUCCUGUAUCGCCUCAGCCUGCCGAAUCACCGGUAGCAACUCCGGCUGCUGCGAUUGCUGGUAUAUUAAAGCAGAGGCAAGCUUCCGCUCCGGCAGCUCGAGCUCCACCAGAAUUUACACCCGAAGCCUCAGAUGAAGAGCCACCUACACCAACAUUACCCGCGAGACCCGUGUCGCAAGUGCCAUUGCCGCAGCCUAAUCGAGAGCGGGAACAAGAUCGGGAGCGAGAGCCUGCCCGCCGUUAUUCUCCGAGACUUCCUGCAUCUCCUGUUGUUACCGCGUCUCCCCCUCAUAACAGAGUAUCUUUCUCUACAAUGGGUGUAGUGAAUGAUGUAGAUGAACAUCAAGCGGCUCGCGCGCCUGGUGGAUUCCACAUGUAUAAUAUCAGCGAGAUGGUGCAUGUGAUGGGUAAAAAGAAGAAAAUGCCUACAACUCUGGGCAUCAAUAUUGCUACAGGCACAGUUCUGAUUGCUCCCGAACAAGCCCGGGAUGGACCAGAACAAACUUGGACAGCUGAAAAGAUGACGCAUUACUCGUUGGAAGGCAAGCAUGUUUUCAUGGAAUUAGUACGCCCAAGUAAAAGUAUUGAUUUCCACGCCGGAGCUAAAGACACCGCAACCGAAAUUGUUAGUGCAUUGGGAGAGCUUGCAGGUGCUGCCCGUGCCGAAGGAUUAAGAGAGGUUAUCGCCGCAGGAUCUGGCUCCGGCCAAAAGAGAGGACAAGUUCUUUAUGAUUUCGUAGCACAAGGAGACGAUGAAGUAGAUGUGAAUGUUGGAGAUGAGGUCGUUAUCAUUGAUGAUGUGAAGAGUGAGGAAUGGUGGAUGGUACGGAGGGUCAAGAAUGCAAAAGAAGGAGUUGUCCCAAGUAGUUACAUUGAAAUCAUGGGCGCAGUACAAUCAUCAAGUUCGGCUGGAAUAAACGCUGGGCGAUCGACCGUUGAACAAAACAGGCUCGAAGAAGCGCGAUUAGCAAGGGAAGCCCUAAAGACAGCGAAGAAAGACGAAGUUGAGGUAGGCCCUGGAAUGCGACUACCCGAACGGGGUAGCAGCUUAUUUGCUCGUGACAAUGGUAACCAAUCUGGGCAACAGAAGAGACGAGAAAGUGUCCGAGAAAGUGGUCAAUCAAGGUCUUCGAAAUCCAGUAAGAGAUAUUCUUCUGCAACAUAACAUGCUGAGGCUAACAUUCAUAGAACCCGAUCCCGCUAAAGUACGAACUUGGACAGACCGUUCGAAGUCAUUCAGUGUUGAGGCACAAUUCUUGGCGCUGAAAGAUGGUAAGAUAAAUCUUCAUAAGAUGAAUGGUGUGAAAAUUGCCGUCCCAGUUGUCAAGAUGUCGGUUGAAGAUCUAGAGUAUGUUGAACGGAUGACCGGUAUAUCUUUGGAUGAAGAUAAGCCUUUGUCAGACAUCAAAAAGCAGCAGAAAUCACGAGCAGCCGAGCGAGACUCGAGCAAUGGUGUAAGUUCAGGUGUGGGUGCAGGUACGAGUGCAAGGACGGGUGCAGGUGCAAGUAUCCAAACCCCUGAGUAUGAUUGGUUCCAAUUCUUUCUGUCUUGCGACGUCAAUGUGGGACUUUGUGAGAGAUAUGCGCAGGCAUUCAAGCGGGAUUCUAUGGAUGAAAGCGUUUUACCUGAUAUCGAUGCAACCGUACUACGAAAUCUUGGGAUACGCGAGGGAGAUAUCAUUAAAAUAAUAAGGUUUUUGGACAAGAAAUAUACGCGGAAAGAUGGCAAGCGGAAUGUCAGCUUUGGAGGUGAGGAUGAGGGCGAAGCUGGCCUCUUUUCUGGACCAGGUGGUGCCCUGAAGAAUAACACCAGGAAAGGUCGCCCGGCUCCUGCCGUCCAAACUAAUGAUGUGGUGGAUGCCAAUGCUUUCUCGCAAAAUGGCACUGAGAAAUCCUCACUUCAAGGAGUUGCCACGCCUCUUGCAAACGCUCCAACCCCAGCGGAAAAGGACGUCAAAAGGGAAGGAUUUGACGAUGAUGCAUGGGAUGUUAAGCCAUCGAAACAAGAAACCACGAGCAGUCCUCAUGCCCAACCCAUUCCUGCUCCAGCUCCUCAGCAACCUGCUAUCACGGGCUCAAUGCAAGAGCUCUCAUUAUUAUCUACACCUUUAGAGCCGGUCAAGGCACAGCCAACUGCUCAAGCAUCACCGCAGCCUCAAGCUCCACCGGCCGUUACACCUUCAAUGUUUGCGGGAAUUGGAAAUCAACAAACCGGACUUCCUCAACUACAAACCCUUCCUUCAGGACCUUUAUUUCCCGCAAACUUAGCACGCCAACGUCCUGGCCCCCCUCAAAUGACCGCAAACUCUACUCUGAUACCACCACUUCCCCCUUCGCGUCCUCUAUCAGCUCCUCAAGCUGCCAGUGCUUAUGCUCCACCUCCAUUGCAAGCUCAAGCUACUGGUUAUGGAGCCUUCCAACCUCAAAUUGCUCCUCCUGGACAAAGUCUUCAUGACCUCAAUCAACAACGCAUGCAACAACAACAACAGCAGCAGCAGCAGCAGCAGAUGCAACAACAACAGUUUAUGCUACAACAGCAACAACAAACAGGCAUGAUGCAACAACCUACGGGAUUCAAUCAAUUUAAUCCAGGAGUACCUAACAACUUUCAACAAUUUCCUAUGCAGACAGGUAACCCCCAACAGCCUUUCAUGCCCAACCAAACCGGUACACCAUUCGCAAACCCCCCAGCACAACCAUUCCAACCACAACCGCUUCAAGCCCAGCCUACUGGUUUUCAGAGCGCAUUCCCUCCUGGGCAACAAUAUCCUCAACCCACUGGUGUAAAUUCAUACUUGCCUCCAGCUCUGCAACCUCAACCAACUGGCAUGAUAAAUGGAGCCAAUGGCUUCAAUCAGACUUUUACUCCACCACCAAUCCCACCUAUGCCGCAGCAGCAACAAGCCGCAUUACUCCCGCAGGCGACCGGGCCAGCACCACCAGGUAAUUUUGUGCUCUUAUCAGAAUCUCCGUGCAAGCAUUUAACUAACUCCUAUUGCAGUUCGGUUCGGAGUCAAUGGCACUAAUAAUAUUGCGCCUCAACCCACUGGGAGACGCGCGAACCUUGCACAAGCCAGUAAGAUUCCGUUUAUGCUAAGUUAUGAAUGCAAAGUGCUAAUACUAUCUAGCUCCUCAAAAUCCAUUUGGAUUUUAGGUUGACUAUAAAUGUACAUUUAAUCCUGGCUAUGAAUUAAUUUUCUCUUGUAGCAUAAGCAAAUAAGCAUGGCUAAGCAUUGAGAUGUUUAAAGUUUUUUCCACUUCACUUUUCGCAGUUCGUUUAGAUGGCCAUAUAUUUGUGGCCCAAGCAAUUUUAGGCGUACGUAGGUUAUGGACGUCCAUAGCGGUGGGUAUCAUAUGAUAUUUAAUUGAAGCAAAAUUCAUGAGGGUAUUUCUGUAUUAUGUUCAGAUUGUGAUGGUGAUGGUGAUGGUGAUGGUGAUAGU